UGACAAGUUCCGCGUGUUUUCAAUAAUUUUUUUUAGGAAUUUUGUGUUAAAAUAAAUAAAACAAAGUGAAAAUCCUACUAAAAAUAUAAAAAAAUGACAAACUUAGGAGAAAAAAAUGAAAUAGAUGAAAACCAUCAAGUAAAACAUCGUGAUAGUAGUGUGAUUUUUCGACGCAAUCGUGCUUUGGGAUAUGUAAGCAAUCAUAUUCCAGCCGUGGUACGUUAUAUACAGCGUCGUAAAGAUAAUUUGAUAACAACAUGCAUUGGACGUUCCUUUCAAGUAUACACCUCUAAUCAUUUCCGCUUGCUGCAUGUCAGUGGACAACAUCCAGAUGAUAUUACCGCCCUGGCCACAGAUCGUUUUCAUAUUUAUACAGCCAGUAAUAAAUGUAUUUAUGCCUGGCGUGCUGGCAAGCAUGUAAGACACAUCUAUAGGGGCCACACAAAAAAUGUUCAUUUACUUUUGCCAUUUGCUAAGCAUUUAAUUGCUGUGGAUGAGGCCAACGUGCUGAAAGUUUGGGACAUUUUAAAGGAAGAAGUGUACUUGGAAGUGCCUUUUAAUGUGGAAGAAUUUCAAAUUACUGCCAUUGCCCAUCCACCUACAUAUGUCAAUAAAGUUGUGUUGGGCUCGAGACAGGGUCAAUUAAAGAUAUGGAACCUUAAAGACAAUCGUUUAGUUUAUACAUUUACUGGUCACCCCAGCCGUGUGACCUGCAUUGAACCAGCGCCUGCUAUUGAUGUAGUGGCUGUAGGUCAUCAAGAUGGUACUAUUAUUGUUAUGAAUUUGAAGUUUGAUGAAACCAUAAUGGAAUUCACGCAAGAUUGGGGAGCUGUAUCGAAAAUUACUUUCCGUACCGAUGGUCCACCAAUUAUGGCUUCAGCUAGUACUAACGGUUAUAUUGCAUUUUGGAAUUUGGAGGAAAAGAAGAUUACUAGCCAACUGCAAGCCCAUGAAGAUUCUGUCACUACCGCUAUUUGCAUGCCAAAUGAACCAUUAAUCCUCACCACAUCUCCUGACAAUUCAAUGAAAUUGUGGAUUUUUGAUUUAUCGGAUGGAGGAGCCCGCAUGUUGCGCAUACGUGAGGGACACAAUGCACCACCUAUGUGCAUACGUUAUCAUGGUAGUAAUGGUCAAACCAUAUUAUCCUCUGGAGAGGAUAGUUCCCUAAGAGCAUUUAGUAUCAUAUCGGAAUCUUUAAACAAAAGUUUGGGAAAAGCUAGUUAUAAUAAAAAGUCAUCGAAAAAGAAAAAUCGCUUCCAAGUGGACCAUUACCGUAUGCCACCAAUUGUAGAAUUUACCACAGAAUUGACACGCGAAAAGGAAUGGGACAAUAUAGCGGCCAUACACAUGGGUACAGUACACACAACCACAUGGUCAUUUCAUAAAAAUCGUAUGGGUGAACAUCAUUUGAUACCCAAACAAUUCACCAAUAAAAAUCGUGUUGAUUUUAAGGCCGAAACAACAUGUGUUACCUUAACGCAUUGUGGUAAUUUCGUUAUUAUUGGUUAUUCCAGUGGUGAUGUGGAACGUUUUAAUAUACAAUCUGGCCAUCACAGAGCUACUUAUGGUAAUCCUGCUCAUAGAGCAGCCAUACGUGGAGUGGCUUGUGAUAAUCUAAAUCAGGUGGUGGUUACCGGUUGCAGUGAUGGUUUCCUGAAGUUUUGGCACUUUAAACAAAUUUCUGAUAAACCUCUAGCUAAAAUGCAGUUGAAAGAUGGUAUUUCCCUAAUACGUUGUCAUCGUGAAAGUGCCAUGAUUGCAGUAGCUUUGGUAAACUUCACCAUACUAGUUAUUGAUUUGGAUACCAAAGUGGUGAUACGUAAAUUUGAGGGUCAUGCGGCAAAAAUCAAUGAUGUUACCUUUAGCCCUGACAGUCGUUGGCUGAUAUCAGCCUCUAUGGAUGCAACUAUUAAGAUCUGGGACAUACCCUCAUCCUAUAUGAUUGAUCAAUUCCGGGUGGAAAAACCUUGUGUGUCUCUGACAAUGUCCCCAACGGGAGAUUUCCUAGCCACUGCUCAUGUCAAUAAUUUGGGCAUUUAUUUGUGGGCUAACAAAAUGUUAUUCAGCCAAAUAUCUCUGCGUUCCAUUAAUCCUAAAGCAGAAGCCCCCUAUGUGGGUCUACCAUCGAAUGUGGCGGAUGAAUUGAGCCUGGAAGAAGCCGUAGAUGAACUAUCCAUGGAUGUUGAUGACGAGGAAGAAUUGGGCGAAGAGAUCGCUUUGAAAUAUGAAACACCUGAUCAAUUAUCCAAGGAGUUGAUUACAAUGUCCGGUUUGGCAGCCUCUAGAUGGCAAAAUCUUUUAGAUUUAGAAAUAAUCAAAAGACGCAACAAACCCAAGGCACCACCUAAAGCACCCAAACAAGCUCCCUUCUUCCUGCCCACAGUGGCUGGUUUAGAAAUGAAAUUCGAUGUUACCGCCAAUUCAGACGAUGAGUCCAGGGUACUGAAGGCAACAUCUCUCAAUAAUCUAACAAAUUUUGGCAAAUUAUUAGAAGUUACCGCCUCCACCCAAGACUAUGAGAAAUGUGUGCAACAUCUUAAACUACUAGGACCUUCAAUGAUUGACUUUGAGGUGAAAUCUUUACAUCCGAUUGGUGGUGGCACCGUCAAGGCCAUGGUAGAGUUCUUAAAAACCCUCAAACACAUGUUUGAAUCAAAACAAAACUUCGAACUAGCUCAAUCAUAUUUAAGUGUAUUUCUACGUUCGCAUGGUUUAAAUUUAGUUGAAAUGCCCGAAGUAAUGUCCAGUUUACAGGAAUUGUCUGACAUACAAGAAAAUUCGUGGAAACAACUAGAAGAGAAACUCAUGUAUGGCAUGGGAGUGGUAGCAGCCUUAAGAAAUUUUGUACAAUAACCCCCAGUAACACGAAUUCUGGUUAUGUGUUAACUAAUAGUUAUACUGACAGUUUUCAUACAAAAAUAAUUUUAACCGACAGUAUAACUAUUAGUUAAGGCUUAACCAGACUUCGUGUUAAUAGGGGUAAGUGUAAUAGUUUUAUAAAAAAAAAAUUAAGUUUAUCGAAAUGUUUAUAAAUUCGUUUAUAAAAAAAUAAAACAAACAAAAAAGAAAA